AUGUCAUCCGAGCUAUCCUUGACGUUCUCCAUCUCUGAACUCCUUCGCUUCUGCGUAUCUUUCGGUUCGGCCAACGACCCGUCCAGCCUUCGACUGGACCCAGCACCGACCGACCUCAGCCACCUCGCUUCUCCUGAACUCGAUGCCCUGCCCCUAGCAAUCAAGAUAGAGACCUUAGUGGUCGACGGACAGCGAAGACUUCGCGUCCGUGCGGGACAGAAGGAAGAAGCCAUCCCAUGCAAACCGUUGCCUACCCCUAUGCCCACUCAACCAUCGACGCCUCUCCUCGACGCUUGGGCCGCUCCUUCAACGUCGACUCCAACCGCGUACAUCCCACCACAGCCUCAGCUCGAUAACAUGAACUUCCCUACCACACACCACCAAACAGACAUAUUCUCAUGCCCUGACAUGUUCUUUGACACGGCUGCCAUGUUUUGUGAGCCCUCGGUGCCAUAUCUAUCCGAGUCGACAGCUGCAUACGAUUAUUUAUCCGAACAACCCAAGAUCCAUGAUUCCCUGAUUGACGCCUCGAAACUGUCCAACUAUUCCAAUGAUUCCCCCUCGAAUCACGGACUCGUCGUCCACAUUCCAGAACACGAUCCCGCGGCCGACUGUGCCUCACCUGUGUGCUCGCCCGCAUCCAGCUGUCACAACGGCGAAUCGGCGGAGACCCGCAACGAAACAACUGAGCCCGUCGGCCCCAAACGUCGGCCACUCCGUUUCCCCUGUCUGCACGAUGGCUGCCCCCGCAAGUUUUCAAGCGAGUACACGCUCAAUCUUCACAUGACGACGCAUCAGUAUAGAGACAAACCGAAGGUUCGCUAUCCCUGCGAAAUGGGCUGCUCCGAGACUUUCUCGCGACAGCAUGACCGCCUUCGGCAUGAGGUUGCCAAGCACGGCAGGAUGUGUCAGUGGUUCUGCAGCCGCUGUAGACGCGUCUUCUCCAGGCAGUCUACUCGGGAUAAGCACCGCUGCUCUGAUGUCGCCGGACCCAUGCAAAGUGAAUCACCCGUUCAGCAGGCACAAUAAAGAUAUGUUUUCUUUUUCUAUUUCACGAUUUGUACGCCGCCGUCCGCUUGAAGCGGAUACACUGUUCCGCAUCAUUAUAUCAUCUUUUGGAUUAGGACUCUUACACGAUUGAUUUCACUUGUAUCUGUACCAUCAUACGCACAUUAACGUCUCACACCGAUAGAUAAAACAUGAUCAUAGGGAUUAUGACGCAGCUUCCGGCUGUUCCGGUUCUAUGUAGCGUAUUGGCUUAUAGGAAGAACUAUGUACUAGGUUAAUAGAGGGCGAAUUUUGG